AUGGGCCGUGGGAAGUUGUGCUUCUCCACGAGCUUCCCGAACGGCUUCCGUUUGUCUCCCCACAGCUGGGCUGUGAUCAUUGUGGAGUACCGCGGUGGACAGCUGUGUCCUGGGGCCCCUGUGUGUGUCUGGGGAUACUCAACAAAGCACGUUGUAGAAGGUCUGGAACCACGAACACUGUACAAAUUCCGACUGAAGGUCACCAGCCCCUCUGGAGAAUACGAGUACAGCCCAGUGGUCUCUGUAUCUACCACCAGAGAACCCAUAAGUAGUGAGCACUUUCACCGAGCUGUCAAUGUGAAUGAUGAAGAUUUGCUGGUUCGAAUACUUCAAGGAGGAAAUGUUAAGGUUGAUGUUCCCAAUAAGUUUGGCUUUACUGCUCUGAUGGUCGCUGCCCAGAAAGGCUACACCAGGCUUGUGAAAAUCCUCAUCUCUAAUGGCACGGAUGUGAAUAUGAAGAACGGAAGUGGCAAGGACAGUCUGAUGCUUGCAUGCUACGCGGGACACCUAGAUGUUGUGAAAUAUCUCCGAAGACACGGCGCUUCCUGGGAGACCAGAGACCUAGGAGGCUGCACGGCUCUGCACUGGGCUGCAGAUGGAGGCCACUGCAAUGUGAUUGAGUGGAUGAUAAAAGAUGGCUGUGAGGUAGACGCUGUGGACACAGGCUCAGGAUGGACCCCACUCAUGAGAGUCUCUGCAGUCUCUGGAAACCGGAGUACAGCCUCCGUGCUGAUCGAAGCUGGAGCGGACGUGAACAUGAGAGAUAAAGAUGGAAAGACCCCGCUCAUGGUGGCCGUGUUAAAUAAUCACGAGGAGUUAGUCCAGUUACUUCUUGACAAAGGAGCAGAUGCAAGUGUAAAAAAUGAGUUCGGCAAAGGUGUCCUAGAAAUGGCCAGAGUUUUUGACAGACAGAAUGUGGUCUCCUUAUUAGAAGAAAGGAAAAGAACCCAAAUGGCAAAGAAGUAGUCUGUCUGCUGACCAGGGCGCUACUGACUUUGAAAGCCCAAGAGAAACAACGGCAAAACGCGACCGUUGAGCUAGAGAUGAAACUCCGCGUCUUUUGAGGUUAUACAUUUGAUUAUUUAUUUAGUCGAAGAUUCACAGUGAAUUUUGUGACGUACAACUGUUCCCACUUUGAAAUACAUCUUUUUUUUUUUACCUAAGC